GAGUCAUUUGUCAGUUUUGCAGGGUGGUCCUUCAGGCUGUUCAUUGAGGAGGAGAAAAAGUGCGUCCAGAUGCCAGAGAGGCACAGCUGUGCGGCGUAAACGCGCGUCUGAUCGCUCCGCAACUGAGAAAAGCGCACUUUCUGCGCUGGACAAAACUCCUUCAGGAGUUUCAAAGUAGCGGAGGACUGGGAUAUGACAAUCCACACGCUUUGGAGAAACCCCAGCAGACUUGGAACGAAUGCAUUUGUUGUGUUGGGCGUCUGAAGCGUCUGUUUGCAGCACCAUGAUCUCUCCUGUCAACAGGUAAGACGACAAACCUGACGCACGAUCCGCUGCUUUGAGGGAGAGUAAACCAUGUGUGAGGAGAACUGAGGAACCUGUCCUGACUGAGCUGACCUGAGCGACAUCUUCGGGAUUAUCUGGACUCUAAAGUUCUCCGGUCUUUGCUUACCAUGAGGACUAGACUAGACUAGGCUGAAGUGAAUCCGGGCUCCGGAGGGCCGGAGCGGAUCAUGUCCUGUGGCCGAAGUCUGCAGAAAGACUGCACCUGAAGAUCUCUGGAAGCAGAUUUCUCAAUUCAGCAUCUGAGCUCACGUAUAUUGUGAUACGAUGGCCUCGGAGGUGGUGUGUGGACUCAUAUUCAGAUUGCUCCUGCCAGUGUGUCUCGCUGCAGCAUGUUUGUUCCGGUACAACUGGCUGUCCUUCGUCUACCUCAUCUACCUCUUACUCAUCCCACUCUUUGCAGAGCCGACAAAGACAACAAUGCAGGGCCACACAGGGCGUUUGCUGAAAUCCCUGUGUUUCACCAGUAUGACGUUUUUGCUGCUGCACAUCGUCUACCAAAUCACAAUCAACAGUCUGUUAGCAGGAGACAACAUCGAACCUAACUUCAACUGUUCAUCGUGGGAGAGAUCAAUACGGCAGUUGGGCUUUGAAAGUGUCCGAGGUGCAGACGCCGGGAACGGGAUCCGAGUGUUCAUCCCUGACAUCGGCAUGUUCGUGGUCAGUUUGGUCACGUGGCUCCUGUGCCGCAGUCUGGAGAAGCCGCCGCUGAAGGACGUGUCACAGCACAACAGCGACUUUGAGGUGGACAAUCAGGAAAAGGAGGAUGAGGAAGAAGACAAGAAAAGCGAGAAACUGGAGCUUGAGGAUGAGCUGCUGUUCGAGGACUUUGAGCUGGGUGAUGAAGACUGUGAACUUCCUGAGGAGGAGGAAGUAGACGUAGAGGACGGAGAACUUGAGGAGGUGGACGUCGAAGAAAGUACCAAAAUGAGGAUCCUGCGGCAAAUAGCAGACGUGGCGUCCAAACUCAAGGAAAUCGUUGGCAAUCUGAUUACCACUGCAGGAAAAGUAGUCGUAACCAUAUUAUUGGGCCUCACAGGUAUGAUGUUGCCUUCUCUGACCUCCACUGUGUAUUUCUUCACCUUCCUGGGUCUGUGCACCUGGUGGUCUUUCUGCCGCACGUUCGACCCGCUCCUCUUCAGCUGUCUGUGCGUCCUGAUGGCCAUCUUCAGCGCCGGACACCUCAUCAUGCUCUACCUCUACCAGUUCCAGUUCUUUCAAGAGGCCGUUCCGCCCGGAAACAGUUACGCCAGUCUGUUUGGCAUCUCUCCUGUGGUUCAGACGGACUGCUCUCACACCUGGAUGUUCAGAGUCAAUCCUAAACUGGAGUGGCACCACUUUGUCAAUCCCAUCAUGCUCUUGGUGUUGUAUUACACUCUGGCCACGCUCAUCCGCCUUUGGCUGCAGGAGUCAGAAGACACGGAGGUCAAAGAGAAAGAAGGAGAGGCCGAGGAGCGAGAGGAACCAGAAUCUCCUGAAAGCAAUACGGCCGUCUACACCGCAGACAAGAAGAGGCAGCUGUGGCGAAUGGCUCACUAUCGCACAGAUGAGAGACAUCUGCUCACCACACAGGACGGCUACACCACACCGGAGGUAUUGAUCGUAACAUCAAACGGAGCCUCGCUGGACUUCACGUCGGUCCCUCAUGAGAACGGCCCGAAGUCUGUGGAGCUCUACUCAACCCCUCAUUAUAGACCCGGCCAACUAGAGCCUGAUCCGCAGAAAAUGGACUGCGGUGUUUACAAGAUUGACUCAACGUACGUUGAGCUUCCCGAGGUUCCCCAGCCGUUCGGUGUUGUGCGUGUGAACGCUGUGGUUAAGGCCUUCAGGUUCAUAAUGAAGCAGAGCUACAUCUGCGCUCUCAUCGCCAUGAUGGCUUGGAGCAUCACGUACGUGAGCUGGCUGACCUUCGUCUUCCUCAUCUGGUCGUGUAUUCUGUGGAUGGUGAGGGACCGGAGGAAAUACUCAAUGAUCACCUCUCCGUUCAUGGUGUUUUAUGGGAACUUGCUCAUCAUCCUGCAGUACAUCUGGAGCUUUGAGUCGCUGCAGCCGGUUCCUGGACUCUUCUUGAAGAAAGAAGUGCCUUUCCGGGAACUGGGAUCUAAAACUUUGUGCCUCCUCAGUUUCUGGCUGUUGGUGAGGCAGUUUUUGACUGAGAGGAGAGAGAAACAGACAGAUGAAACCCAGCUGUCUGACGUCAAAGUGGAGGGACACACAAUCGAGUGUUUGGAGGAAGAGGCCGGUGGACACAGAGAGAUGAUGGACGUGUUGGGCCGUACAGUCAUGGCGAUGCUCAACAAAUACUGGAUCUACAUCUGUGGAGGAAUGUUCUUCUUCGUUAGCUUUGAGGGACGCAUCGUCAUGUACAAGAUCAUUUACAUGAUGAUGUUCCUCUUCUGCGUGGCACUUUAUCAGUUGCACUAUGAGAGGUGGCGCUGGAUGCUGAAGUAUUUCUGGAUGUCAGUGGUGGUUUACACCAUGCUGGUUCUCAUUCUGGUCUACACCUUCCAGUUCGAGUCCUCCAUAAACGUGUGGUCCAACAUGACAGGCAUGAGCAGAGAGAAGCUGGAAGAUCUCGGUCUGGAGAAGUUCUCGGUUCCUGCUCUGUUCACGCGGAUCUUCAUUCCCACCUCUUUCCUGCUGGUCUGCAUCCUGCACCUGCACUAUUUCCACGAGCGCUUCCUGGAGCUCACCGACAUCAAAUCUGUGGCUGACAAACAAAAGAGCACUAUCUCCAGGCUUGUUCAUCUGGAUGGCAGUCUGGUGGACAUUUCCAUGGUCAAACCUUCAUUUAACUCCUCCAUAAACGAGGAGGGGAUUGAGGAGAGAGAAGAGCUGGAGAAAGAGGAAGAUGAUGUUAAACAGAGGGAGGAAGAGAAGAUCUCCGAGCCAGACUUCAUGCCUGAAACCUUCAGCUGCCCGAUGACAGCAGAUCCUGUGCCGGACCAGGGAUCAGAGCUGAGGAAUAAGUGGCACCUGGUGGUGGAGCGUCUGACGGUGCUGUUCCUGAAGUUCCUGGAUUACGUGCAAAAGCUGCAGCUCUUCAUCUGGUGGCUGCUGGAGCUUCACAUCAUCAAGAUCGUCUCGUCCUACAUCAUUUGGGUCUCAGUCAAAGAGGUGUCGCUGUUUAACUACGUGUUUCUGGUGAGCUGGGCCUUCGCUCUGCCGUUCAGCCAGUUCAGACCAUUGGCGUCAAGCGUCUGCACCGUCUGGACCUGCGUCAUCAUCGUCUGCAAAAUGCUGUACCAGCUCACCUCCAUCAACCCGUCCACAUACUCCAAGACCUGCAGCAUGGUGAGCCGCUCGCUCGCGCUCCUCAGCACACGCGGGACGCGCAAACGCUCUCGUUCUGACCGAGUCUGUGAUUCUCUCCUCCAGCCUGAUAACUACACAGACGCUCAGCGCUUAGACAUGGCCAAAUCUCUGCUCUACAGCAGCCCAGUGGAUCCCGCCAACUGGAUCGGCCUCAGGAAGUUCUCGCCGUUACUGGAGAAUCUGAGGAAUAACUUACUGAUGCUGGCUCUUCUGGCAUUUGAAGUGACCAUUUACCGGCACCAGGAUUUCUACCGUAUGAAAAACAACCUCACCCCUCCGGUCACAAGAACCAUUUUUCACAACAUCACACGGCAACAUCUGGACGACGGCAUCGUCAACUGCGCCAAAUAUUUCAUCAACUACUUCUUCUACAAAUUUGGUCUUGAGACCUGUUUUCUGUUAGCGGUGAAUGUGAUCGGCCAGCGGAUGGAUUUCUAUGCCAUGCUGCACGCGUUCGGUCUGAUUGCGGUGAUGUAUCAGCGCAGGAGAAAAGCCAUCGCCCAUGUCUGGUCCAAAUAUUGCUGUUUCCUGGCCUGCAUGUUGGCCUUCCAGUACCUGAUGUGCAUCGGGAUCCCUCCUGCCGCCUGCACGGACUAUCCAUGGAGACGUCCGUCUUCCAGCAUGGAUUCAAACGUCAUCAAGUGGCUCUACUUCCCCGACUUCCACACCAAACCCAACUCCCUGUUCCUCCUCUAUGACUUCAUGUUGCUGCUGUGCGCGUCGCUGCAGGGCCGCGUGUUUGAGGAGGAGAAUUUGACGGCCGUGCAACUGUUGGCGGGUGAUAAUGUGGAGAUCUGUCGAGAUCUGGACGCCGCCAGCUUCAGCCAGCACAACCCUGUGCCCGACUUCAUCCACUGCAGGUCGUAUUUGGACAUGCUGAAGGUGAUCAUGUUCAGCUAUCUGUUCUGGUUCGUCCUGACCAUCAUCUUCAUCACGGGCACCACACGCAUCAGCAUCUUCUGUAUGGGAUACCUGGUCGCCUGUUUCUACUUCUUGAUCUUUGGGGGCGAGCUCUUGCUGAAGCCAAUCAAAAGCAUCCUUCAUUACUGGGACUUCCUCAUAGCAUACAACGUCUUUGUAAUCUCCAUGAAAAACAUUCUCUCAAUAGCGGCGUGUGGAUAUAUAAAAGCGCUGGUGGCCAAUCACUGCUGGCUGAUCCAGUUGUUCAGUCUGGCCUGCACUAUAAAAGGAUAUUCAAAACCGGAGCAGAACGCAAAUAAACAGUGCGAGCUGCCGAGUGAUGAGGCCGGUAUCAUCUGGGACAGCAUCUGCUUCGCUUUUCUCCUGCUGCAGAGGCGAGUUUUCAUGAGCUACUACUUCCUGCACGUCGUAGCUGACAUCCGUUCCUCUCAGGUCCUCGCCUCCAGAGGAGCGGAGUUGUUUCAGGCAACCAUUGUGAAGGCGGUUAAAGCCAGAAUAGAAGAAGAGAAGAAAUCCAUGGACCUACUGAAGAGACAGAUGGACCGCAUCAAGAGCCGACAGCAGAAGUUUAAGAGAGGCAAAGAGAGGAUGCUGUCUUUGGCUCAGGAAAGCGGGGAAAGUCAAUCGGUAGUCAAGGAGGAAGAGGAGGAGGAUGAAGGAGAGAACAGCAAAGAGAAGAAGAAAGGCAAAAGGAAGCAGUGGUGGAAGCCUUGGGUUGAUCAUGCAUCCAUGGUCCGAAGUGGCAAUUAUUACUUAUUCGAGACUGAUAGUGAGGAAGAGGAAGAAGACGAGGACAAAAAGGAUGAGGAACCACCCAAAAGAUCGGCGUUCCAGUUUGUGUAUCAUGCCUGGAUAACUGACUCGAAAACUGCCAUGAAAGAGCGAAGUAAGGAGAGACGGCGAUUCUGGCAAAGGUACACGGAGGGCAGCACAAACAAGAAGGACCAGAAGGAAGCAGUGCAUGUAUCCAUUGAGGAAGAAGAGCAGGAGGAAGGUGUUACAGAGGAGGAGGCAUCUGAAGGUCCAGAUAACAUCCUGAAGCGAGUGUUUAACAUCGUGAAGUUCUCCUGGGUUCUCUUCCUGGCCCUACUGGACAGUUUCACCGCCUGGCUCAACUCUAUCUGCCAGGAACACAUCGAUAUCUCCACCGUCUUGCGCAUUGAGCGCUGCAUGCUCACUCACGAGGUCAAAAAGGGAAACAUUCCAUCGCGGGACAGCAUCCACAUGUACUACCAGAGGCAGAUGUGCAGGCCAGCGUCCACCGAGUCCAUCCUGGACAGAACUGAGGACGUGUACUCGGACUUCAGCCCUCUGCAGAGCCAGGCUUACGGGACGGACGGCGUAGAGUCAGAUGUCUCUAGAGAAAACCUGUCCAGCGUGUACACAGAAUCCACUGUGCUGUGUGAAUCCACACUGGACCAGGCUGAUGAAACCAGCGACUGCGUUCUCAAAACCAGCCAGCGAGCGCGACCUAGACUCUGCCGCCUGCCUAGUGUGGAUGUGCAGUCGUCUGCAGACAGUGCAGCGUCAAGUGAGCGCACGCAGUGCACUGAGCUCUACUCACGGCAGGGCACCGGUGACACCGUCGAGGAGGCCGAGAGCCACCGGGAACUCAGAGAGCAUCCGGACAAACUCUGGAGCAGCACUUCAGACCUGCCGCCUCCUUCUCCGGACCGCCGGAUGCUCCAGGGAGCCGCGGCAAGCGCGGAAUGGGACAGCAUUCUGGCGGCGGAGCAGGUGUGCUGGACGCAGGGCGGGGCGGACAUCCCUCCCUCGUACAGUAAAGCCACGGGCCUGGAUUCGGUGUGUGACGCGGCGUGUCGUGCGGACGGCAAGAAGCUGAGGAUCCAAACACCAGAUGACAAGAGCGCCGACACUCUGCUCUCAGUGAGCCAUCAGCUGACGGCCAGUGAGCUGCUGCAGAGCAGGAUGUUCUAUGACGAGGAGCUGGAGGCGUCUGAACAUUUCUACCGGUCUCAGCCGCAGUUCCUCCAGCUCUGCUACUCUCUCUAUAACAUGCUGGUGGCUCAUUCUGAAAUGGUGUGUUACCUGGUCAUCAUCCUCAACCACAUGAUCUCAGCAUCGGUGGCCACGCUGGUGCUGCCCAUCCUCAUCUUCCUCUGGGCCAUGCUGUCGGUUCCCCGGCCCAGCAAACGCUUCUGGAUGACGGCCAUCGUCUACACUGAGGUCACCAUAGUGAUCAAGUACUUCUUCCAGUUUGGCUUCUUUCCAUUUAACCAAAGCAUAGAGCUGGACAAAUCCAAACCGUUCCACCCGCCCAACAUCAUCGGUGUGGAGAAGAAAGAGGGUUACGUCCACUACGACCUGGUGCAGCUCCUCGCGCUUUUCUUCCAUCGAUCCAUUCUGAAGUGCUACGGGCUUUGGGAUGAAGACAAGCCAGGGUCAGGAGGUCAGACUGCGAGCUCUCAACACGCUGAUUCAGACAGUGAAGAGAAAGCUCAGUCCCGGCCAGAGAAGAGUCCCGCUGACGUCUCACCCGUCUCCACACACGUACGGCUGCCCAGAAAACACCUUUACGCCAAUGCCGCGGUGCACCGGCAGAGCUCCAGCAUCUCUCAGCGCUCGGCCCGCUCGAAAACAGGCAGCACGGGCACCAGGACGAGUUUGCGUCGCGCCGGCAGUUCACUGAGCGCUCAACAGAAAAGCCGCAAGGAGCUCGUUUUGGAGAAGCUCAGAGAACAGAUGAUCAAAGCGAAGCGUUUUACGGUCAAAACGGUUCUGGAUAUCUACAUUCCCAUUCGGCAGUUCUUCUAUAACCUGAUCCACCCAGAGUACAGCGCUGUGACUGACGUUUACGUGCUCAUGUUUUUGGCCGACACGGUCGACUUCAUCAUCAUUGUUUUUGGAUUUUGGGCUUUUGGGAAACACUCUGCCGCGGCUGACAUCACGUCGUCCCUGUCAGAGGAUCAGGUUCCCGAGGCGUUUCUGGUGAUGGUGCUGAUCCAGUUUGGGACCAUGGUGGUGGAUCGUGCGCUGUACCUGAGGAAGACCGUGAUGGGGAAGGUCAUCUUCCAGGUCAUCCUGGUCUUUGGCAUUCACUUCUGGAUGUUCUUCAUUCUCCCAGGGGUCACUGAGAGGCGUUUCAGUCAGAACACAGUUGCUCAGCUCUGGUAUUUUGUGAAGUGCAUCUACUUCGGUCUGUCGGCCUAUCAGAUCCGCUGCGGUUACCCCACCCGCGUCCUGGGCAACUUCCUGACCAAGAGCUAUAAUUACGUCAAUCUCUUCCUCUUCCAAGGGUUCCGGUUGGUUCCGUUCCUGACGGAGCUGCGGGCGGUGAUGGAUUGGGUGUGGACCGACACCACGCUCAGUCUGUCCAGCUGGAUCUGUGUGGAGGACAUCUACGCUCACAUCUUCGUGCUCAAGUGCUGGAGGGAGUCUGAGAAAAGAUAUCCUCAGCCUCGAGGACAGAAAAAGAAGAAGGUGGUGAAAUACGGGAUGGGAGGGAUGAUCGUGAUGCUGCUCAUCUGUAUUGUCUGGUUUCCUCUGCUCUUCAUGUCUCUGGUCAAAUCCGUGGCUGGAGUCGUCAACAAACCGCUCGACGUGUCUGUCACCAUCACACUGGGCGGAUUUCAGCCCAUCUUCACGAUGAGUGCGCAGCAGAAUCAGCUGAAGGACGUCACUGACAGAGAUUUCAAAAGCUUCAUGAAUUCAUACAGACACAUUCCUAGUGCACUGCAGUUUUUGGAGGCCUAUACAGCGGAGGACGUGACUGUGGCUGAGCUGGAAGGAAGCUCGAACUCUCUCUGGACCAUCAGCCCUCCCAGCAGGAAGAACCUGAUGGACGUCCUGAGCAAAGAGGACCAGUUUCCUGUUACCAUGUACUGGAGCAUCCAGAGGAAUCUGAGUCUGGGAGCAAAGGCUGAAUUUGCAGUGGACAAACACAUCACGUAUCUUGACAUGAACACUAGACAAGAGCUGAUAGCGUUACUCAACGGAACCAGAAAUAAACCUGUGGUCAUAGAGCAAGUAUUUCCCUGCUUCAUUCGAGCACCGAGUGACUCAAACGCCAAACCGAUAGAUCAGCUUUAUACAGAUGACGGUUAUAAGAGCAUCCAGCUGGACUUGGAGAGGACGCAUAACGGCAGUGAGGACAUUCAGGAGUGGUGGAUCGUGGACCAGCCGUCGGCCGGGAAGAUCCAGAUGAGAUCCGAGUCAAAGCUGGAGAAGAAGAGAGAAGCGGGACUGCAGCUGUACGUCUUCAGUGAUAAAGUCAGUCCUCCCAGCCUGGGCUUCCUGGCAGGUUAUGGUAUCAUGGGCCUCUACGCAUCCGUGGUGCUGGUGAUCGGGAAAUUCGUCCGCGAGUUCUUCAGCGGCAUCUCGCACUCCAUCAUGUUCGAAGAGCUUCCGUGCGUCGACCGCAUCCUCAAACUCUGCACCGACAUCUUCCUCGUGCGGGAAACCGGCGAGCUGGAGCUGGAGGAGGACCUGUACGCCAAACUCAUCUUCCUUUACCGCUCACCAGAGACCAUGAUCAAAUGGACACGGGAGAAAACCAAAUGAGCCUGCUGGGAUUGCCUGAAAUCCAAAGAUCCCAAAGAAGGAUGCUGCUUCCCACAGAAAUGCGGCGUUAAGACUGAGACAGAAACAAACUCGUCGCGAGAGGUUCAACCGCCUGCUACAAUGUGACCUACAGGUGAAACAGCUGUACCGAAGCAUCAGAUCAGGAAUUGAGGCGUUGAUGCGCUCUAGCACCACCUGUCUGUCGGGAGCCUCGAACGGGAGCUUCGUAAUCGCGCGUCGUGCAAUAUACUGUCCUGGUAGCUGGCCGUAAACUUGAACAAAGGAGACAGUGACUGAACACUAGCCACUUUUUCUUCAGAGAAAACUGGACCCAGAAGUGCUCGGGUUCAUUAAACGACAUGACAUUAAAACGAUGAUCUAUCCUAGCUUGAUUUUUAGGCUUGAACGGAGGACUUGAAGGGUUCUCAGGAAGAGUAUCCGCUCACGGGACGAUCCUUUACUGACAAUCGUGUGAUUGUGGAUCAAUAUCAUGAGCAUAAAGCACAUUCUGGAAACCAACUAUUGUCUGUUGCACUUU